ACGCACGCACGCACGCAACACACACACCGAGGCCGAUGACACAGGGUAGUAGCAAAUUUCCUUGCGACCACACCAGGCUACUUGCCUGCCCUUUCCACCUCAACCACUCACGGCGCUCACAGCCCCUGAGUCAGGCAUACCUGGGGGAGGGGGUGCUCAGUGCCAGGGUAUGUAUUGUCCUCCGAAGGAGGCUGUAUUUGCCGAAAAACCAUUCGCUCAUUCUAUCGACGUCCUGCUAUUAUUGACCCAAAAGGUCUUAAUUUUCUUCUCCUUCCUCCAUCAGGUCCCACCAGGCACAUUAUAGCACAAGUCUUGGAGGCGAGGCAGUCCAAGGCAACGAGAUUAUUUGGCCUCAAGCUUCCGGCAAUCAUUUAUUUACUCGGGCCUGGUCCGGGUAGACAUGGACGACCAAAGGUCAAUGGCAUCUUGAUAAAAAGAAAUUAGCGGAACCAACCAUGACCAUGCAUAUCGCUAUUGCUGGCGGAGGCGGUCUCGCCUACAUCCUUGCCCGGGAAAUAACACAGAGUACCGAUGCUGUGCUGGUAUUAUCCACUCAGCUGCACCCAGAGUUCGAUGACUUGGGCGUCCAGCAGGCAGUCGUCAACUACGCCGACGUACAGCAACUACGAUACACCCUGCGGGGUGUGGACCUGGUCAUCUCGACGAUACCGGGAGAAUCGCAGCUCAACCUCAUCGAUGCCGCCCGCCACGCACAGGUCCGCACCUUUGUGCCGUCAGAGUUCGAAGGGGCCCUGGCGCAGCGGCCCACUUCUGACGACCCCCUCGACCGCGGCUCAGUGGCUGCCCUGCGCCUGCUAGACCAGUGGUCACAGUCGACAUCCACACACCAUGGAAUGCGAUACACCGUGUUCUCCUGUGGUAUUUUCUACGAGCGAUUCGCUUCUGGCGGCCUGGCCACGCUGAGCCUGGGCGCGGGCGAGGGCGUGCAGAACCCGGGCGACUACCUGCUCAACGUGGAUGCCGCAACGGCUGAGGUCGUGGCCCAUACCGCGCAGGGAAGACCCAUCGAUAUCUCGAUGACCUCUAUCUACGAUGUUGCGCGCUUCGUGGCGGCGGCUAUCGAGAUUGGACCCGAGCACUGGCCGAGAGAGCUCAGGAUGCGAGGGGACCACAUGACCGUCACGGAGAUCGUGCGCGAGUGCAGCUCCGCAAGACGAGUGCCGUUCAACCUGGUCAACCAUGAAUACCGAAACAUCCAGGCCCACCUCGAUUACUGGCUCGAGCACGACUUCAACCGCUGGUUCUACUUCCAGCGGCUCCGUGCCACAGCGGACGGCCGCUAUACCUUCGGGAGAUCUAAUAUCAACGACCUGAUUGCUCAAAACGGAGGUGUGGAGGUCAGGCCAGUGAGGUUCCGAGAUUGGGCGAGGCGGGCGCUGGCUGCACCUCAACAGAACCAGCAUCAUAUGGGCUCCAAUGCCAUGCAGCUUCACUAG